UGUAUGUAUGUGUGUGUGUUUAUUUCUUUCUUUAUUUCUGCUGUAAAUGUCGGACACGUUAACGCGUGAGUGUAUGGGGGCUGACCCGCCGCUGGCGCCCCUGCUGGCCGCUGGAGGAGCUGCAGGGUGCGGAGUUUGAGGCCCGGGGUCUGUGCUCGGUCUCUGCGGUGGAAGUGUGUCCUGUUUCAGUCCGUUGGGGCACAAAGUGUCGAACUGCUCCUUUAAACUCUGAAAGUCUCCUUUUCUUCGUAUGAACUCCUCCUCCUCCUCUGCGCGCAGAUAGGAUCAACCUGUUGUGCCUGAUCCGGGAUCAGCUCAGCCCGCGGCCCCGUGCACCCGGCUCCGGUGAACUGAUCCGGGGCCAGUGCAGGUCCCCUGCUCGUCCAGCCUCCACCCCCGCAGUCUUUUCCUUCCACUCCACUUGAGUGCAGCCCGUCUCCGUUCCCACGCCUCCAGCGAUCGGCUUGAAUCAGCAAACUGUGCGAUAUGCGGAAACGAGCAGAGUAAAACCGCAGCUGUGUGCGGAAUUAUGCACGUUUCAGAGCGGACUAACGAUGCAGGGAUCACCGCGGGCAGGCCCUCCACUUUCUCCGCUGGAGUAACUGCACACAGGGGGACGUGAACUUUUCGGGCUUGCUUUUUAAGAUGUCGACGGUCCGUCCGUGAGGGAUUUUAAAUUCUAGUUUCAUGUUUGGUGGGACGGGGUGUUUUAAAAUCACUGAAGCAUCUGUGGCGGAGAGUUUGCUUUUGUAAGGAGGUUUUUCUUGGAGGAGCUCGACUGAAGGAGGACCGCGCUCCUCAGGAAUUCGACGCCUGAGCUGAAGUGUCCGUGAACGCCGCACGGAGCUAGCUAGCAUGUAAGCUAGCUGUUGGGGGAGUUUUUUUGUUUAUUUAACGGAUUAAACGGAGAGAAAAGGCCGUUAAGUUGGCGUUAGCGCCGACUGUACGGGGGUCCCGAACAGCCGACCUUAGCUAACUACUUUCCCGGGGGAGGGCUUCGGUGUUCCGGGACUUUUGUGCAACUGCGAGUUAGCCCUUAAGUCGCUCCGAGUGUUAGCCGCCGUUAGCGUCCAGCCAUGCCGCAGCUGAGCCGGGAGGACGGCGACGACCUGGGAGCCAGCGACGAGCUCAUCGCCUUCAAAGACGAAGGCGAGCAGGAGGAGAAGCGCAACGUGUCCGCCGAGCGAGACCUGGACGACGUCAAGUCCUCCCUGGUCAACGAGUCAGAGACCAACAGCAGCUCGGACUCAGAGGCAGACCGGCGCCCAGAGCCCCGUCCAGGUGUGGAGAGCAGGGCCAGGCAGAACCAGGUGUGCGAGGAAGCUCUGAGGAAGCAGCAGCGUGAUGGACGCCUCCUCCAGCCCUCGCCCUACGUCGGGUACCCGUUCUUCAUGUUCCCUGACCUCGGGAACCUCUGCAGCCCGUACCUCACCAAUGGAGCGCUGACGGCGGGUGCCCGGACGUACCUGCCCUUUCAGUGGCCGCUGCUCGAUGUCCCAGGAAGAGCAUCCGUCAGAGACACAGCGACUCCCUCUCACCUGUCCAGCAGUGUGCCGAUGGUGCAGCACCCCCACGUGUCCCACCUCCACCCGCUGCUGUCCUAUAGCCCCGAGGCCUUCUCCCCACCGAGGGCCUCACCUGGGUUCUCUCCUGAAGCAGCAGGGGUGUCCCGGUCUCCUCACGCCUCCUGCUACCCGGUCUCCCCUGGAGCCAUGCCUCAGAUCCCACACCCUCUGGGAUGGCUGCAGGGCCAGCACAUGUACUCCAUGGCCGGGGGCUUCUCGCCAGCAGCACUCGCCAUGAACGCCUCCAUGUCGAGUCUGGUGUCGAGCAGCUUCUCUCCUCGCUUGGUGCCCACCCCUCAGUCGUCCGUCCCCCACCCCGCCAUCGUCCCCACGGGAGUCAAGCAGGAGCCUGAAAGUGACAGCUGCGACGGAGGCGGGGCCAGCAGCGUUCAGCCAAGGAAGGCGACACCUGAAACCAAGCGUGAGGGCGACGAGGACAGGAAGCCGCACAUCAAGAAGCCGCUGAACGCCUUUAUGCUGUACAUGAGGGAGGAGCGGCCCAAAGUGGUCGCCAUGUGCAAAGUGAAGGAGAGCUCGUCCAUCAACCAGAUCCUCGGACAGAGGUGGCACUCACUGUCGAAGGACGAGCAGGCCAAAUACUACGAGCUGGCACGCCAAGAGAGGCUCCUGCACUCCAAGCUUUACCCCGGCUGGUCGGCCAGAGACAACUAUGGUAAGAAGAAGAAGAGGAAGAGGGCGAGGAUGGAGAUGAAGCUCGAAGUUGCCGCGGCGGCACCGUCAGACGACUUCCCCCUGCAGCUGAAGAGGCCUCGUGUCUCCGUGGGAGCCGAGGACCCACCACCGCCUCCACCGCACACGCAGACUGCACACACGCGCCAUCACCUGACGCAGCCGCACACAGUCUCCCACCUGACGCACACCCACCUGUCACAGGCGAGCCCCGCCUCCUCCUUGGACUCUCCUGCGACACCCACCACGUCACUGGCCUCGCCCGCCGCCCCGGCGCCGACGCACACGGAGCACACACACUCGUCGUCCUUCGGUGGGCACACGUCGCCGUACCCCGAGCAGCUGCAGCCGCUCUCCCUCACCACCAAGCCCCAACGGCCGCCACUGUCCCUGAACCGCGCCACCAUCACCACGGGCCCCUCCACACCGUCAUCCAACACCGCCUCGUCCCCGCCACAACGGCCCCCUCCUCUGCGCUCUCAGCCUUUCCUGGCCCCACCUCCUACCUCCUCGAGCUCUCACGGUGCCUUAACUCAGCAGCUCCGAAGAACCAAUCAGCCGUGACGAGCGGCGUGAGAAACACAAAUGAAUUCUGACCUCGUUUUUACCGCCGCUGUUUUUUAUGCUCUUUUUUUAUCCGUGUCAUAUUUGUAUGUUUGUACGAGAAUAAAAGGACGUGUAAUUGGUCAAUAUUUGACUGCACCUCGGACUCCAAGGAACUAUUUUUACACUUUUUCAGGAAGUAACGGUGAGGAGGGAGGGGGGGCUUAGUUUGUUUAACAUGCUUUUUUUACCUGGUAGUUUUGAGUGUAAACAGAUUUCCUGUUUCCUCCUCUUUGUCAAUAAACCUUCACUCAGCUCUCA